AUGGAAACCAGUACACCGGUAAGCUCACCCAGUCGGAGAAAACAUUCUCUUGCACAAAAGUUCAUAGGAAUCAAUGAGACUUUAGAAGACCAUGAAUCAGAAAUUCAAUUAAGACGACAAGAAGCUAUAAAUAAAUCAAUUGAAACAAGAAGACGAUUGUCUGUAGCUCCUUUAAUCGCUGGUUACACUGCCGUACAACUGAAUCAACAUUGCAAAGAUGUUAUUAAACUGUCAACUGAAAAUAAAAUAAAUUGUAAAAAUGCUUUUAAUUUCUGGCUCAUUGAUGUUAUGGCAGCAAUGGCGAAAAAAAAUGAUUCAGAAAUCAAUAAGAAUUUUCAAGUUGCAAGUUGUACUUUGGAUGCCAGUGUAAAAAUCUACGGUUACAGAGUAGAUGCUAUUCAUACGGAUGCAGUAAAAAUGGCAGGUGGUUUUUUAAGUAAAGAAUCUCAUUCGGAGGAAAAAGAAAUGAAAGAUGGAGAUGUGGAAAAAGGAGAUGUAGCAGGUGUAACAAAAAUUAAAAAAAAAAAAAAGAAAUUAACUCUCGUUCCACCUGAAACAUUAAAUGCAAAAUCUGAAGCAGAAAUUUUUCUCGACAUUCAACCCAGUCCGACUUUUCUAAGGGGUAAAAAUUGCGGUAGUGACUUAUUACUAAAAGUUUCAAAAUAUAAUGACGAAGGAAUUAUGUUCCUGGAUUCGGAUUAUCCGUGUUGGCCUUACGGCGAAAACAGUAGUUCUGUACCUAAAUUUGAAAAUCAAGAAAUAUUUGAUCAUGAAAUUCUAAUGACACUUUUAUCUGAAAUUCAAAUUGGCGAGGAAGGUGAAGAACAUCUUUGUUCAUAUUAUAAGGAUUUUAAAUUUGGUGAAAUAUAUAAUGACAAUGAAUCGGAUGACGAUUUACAAAUAUCACAAAACAGUGAAAAAUUUGAAUUUAACAUGAAUGCCAGCUAUCAUGAUAUAUCUUCGGAUGAAAAACCAUCGGAUCAAAGAAAUAGAAUUGAUAUUCCAGCUGGGGGAUUCGAAUCCGAAGAAGAAAUAAUUUUGAAACCUGAAAACAACAAAAAACAAACUCAAAACAUUCCCAUAUCGGAAUUAACAUCAAGAAUAUCAAUUAAUCCGUCUGAAUAUUCAAUGUUCGAUGAGAAAUUAUUAAAAGCUUGGGCAGGUCCCUCACAUUGGAAAGUUAAACCAAUAAGAAAACCGUUACAAGAAUUCACUUGCAACGAAGAUACACUAAAACCUAUAUCAUCGAAAAGAACAAGAAAAGGUAAAAUAAAAUGUUACGCGGGUUUAUUUGACGUUUCCGAAGAAAUAUUAGAAAAAAAUUUAAUGGAAAACGAAAAGACGACAUUAUUUAAAUCAACAAUGUUAAAUUGGAAUUCACAAAAUACAACAAUGCCAAAAGAUCUUAAAUAUCAAUCUAAAAAUUUAUUUUCAUUAUUUCACAUACCAUCAUUUAUAAUAACGUAUAGUCGAAAUGAAAAAGAAAAUGAAACGACGUUAGAAAAAAAUAAAAACGUGGAAGAAAAAAACGACGACGACGACGACGAUAAUAACGAAAAAGAAUUAGAAUAUUGUUCUGCUCGUUCUUUCGUUCACGAUAAUAACGAAUCGAGACAUACAGACGAAGAAGAACAAAUCAUCCAGGGAUUAGAAAAAGAAGAAGAAGAAGAAGAAGCUUGGAAUUUAGAUAAUAUGGUACAAGUACCUAAAAAAGUUGAAAAAAUACAAAUGUCUAAUUUUCAAAGGAGAAAACACGUGGAUAUACAAAAUUUAAAACGCGGUCUCUGGACCAUUUUGACAGCUUCAACUCGUGAGAAAACAUCAGAUUCCGACAAAGUCGAAAAAGUUUUCGAAUUUAAAGAUUUAAUUAAAAUUUAUCCUAGUAAAGUAUCGAAAAAUUAUAGCAAUCUAUUAAGAUUAUUGGUCUGCAGACAUAAUAAGAAAAUUGGACAUGCAGAUAAAAAAAAUUUUUUCCAUCGUCUCGCAUGUCGAUAA